AAUGCAUUGUUAUCGCUAGCUAAGCAUGCGUGUCGGUGUGCAUGUUUGUAUAAAUCCCGUUGGUUUGUUCUUAACGAGUACACUUACGCGAAGUCAAUCCUCUUCUAGUCCUAUAAAUGUCCACUUUUGGGUCUUAGAAGCUAGAAUACAUCACCAUCACAAGGCUUCAGUUCUCUAAUUCGAGCUGCAAACUGCAAAUGGCAUCCAUUAAGUCAAAGAUUGUUAUGGUAUCCGUGGUGAUGACAAUCCUGAUGUUAUCUCCGAUAUGGUCGGUCUCUGCUGAUGAGCAACCGAACAUCGGACAAUCAGACUGGUGCAGGAUGUUGUGUGCCUUGAAAUGUUAUCCCGUAACCAGUCCCUUACAGCCCUGUAUGCUUGGAUGCAUGAAAGGGUGCUUAGGGAAUUCGCUGGCCAUCAACAACUGCAACCUUGGCUGUGCAAUAACUUCAUGCCUCAAGCCCAAUGCCGAUAUGAAGAGUUUGGAAGGCUGUGUAGGGUCGUGCUCGAAGGACUGCGGGGCAUCUUAAGAUGUGAAAUCAAUUGCUAAGGGCCGGGAUUUCAUUUUGCUAGUGUCAAAUUCAUAUGUACGAAAAAUAAGAAUUCCGUAGUUUAACAAAAAGGAUCAGUUUGAGGAGUGACGACUUGUUAUAGCCAUGUGCAUGUCAUAUAUGUUUCAACCUAUGAAAUACAG